AUGCAAUACGUCAGGAACAUCAGCGACUCGGUCUCGACCGCCUGGAACUCCAUCAAUCCCUCCACCCUUAGCGGCGCUAUUGAUGUCAUCGUCGUCGAGCAGGCUGAUGGCAGCCUGUGUUGCUCUCCCUUCCACGUGCGCUUCGGCAAGUUCUCGCUUCUGCGCCCCUUCGAGAAGAAAGUCGAGUUCAGAGUCAAUGGCGUCAAACAGGAGCAUGCGAUGAAGCUUGGCGAGGGCGGCGAGGCCUUCUUCAUAUUCGAGACCUCCGACACCAUCCCCCAGAGCCUGCAGACCUCGCCUCUCGUAUCCCCUGCCUCUAGUCCGCCACUCGUACCCGACGGCGAUUCCGACUCGAACUACCAGCUACAAGAACCCGACUUCUUACAACUAGAUGGUGAUUCCAGCAAGCCAAAAUCACCAACUAUGCCUCGCCCCGGACCUGUUGUCUUAACAUCUUCAGGUAUAAACUCACCUCUCCAAUCUUCACCUGAACUAGGCGGUGGACGACCGACUUCCAGGGGAUGGCCCGAAUCUUCGAGACAUACGCCGUAUAGCGAGCAGCUGCUCCCAUCCAACUCACUUAUCCAAGGUGACCAUGACGAGUCGAACGAUGAGUCGUACGAAGAGGAUAGUCAGGAUGCGUCCCAGAGUGGCCGCAUUCCUCCACCACUUGCGCCGCGGGAAGCCAUCGAACGAGCCCAGUCUCUCUCCCAGGAGCUCUCAGCCGUUAACAUCCCCAAUCGCGUGACCGAUACAGGCGAUCUCAUGUUGGAUCUGGCGAGUUACAAAAGUAGCGAGGAGGAUGCCAUAAAGGCCGAGAUCCUAGCUCGGAAGAUUCUAUCUGAAGAACUGCAGGGCGACUAUGACAUCGGGGCGUUGUUCGGUAUGGAUGAGGAGGGCAACCUUUGGAUAUACAGCAGUGAGGAGGCGAAAGAGGCUGCCUCGAAGAAGACAGCCACUCGGCUUCGACCAUCAGCCACGAUGGCCAUUGAUGCUGUGUCGGAUCCCGGCUACGUGAGCGAUGACUCGACGACAUCUUCGCGGGACCCAAUGCACCGGAGAAGCGAAUCUGACGUGGGUCAGAGCGGCAACGUACAGACGCCACCAACUACGCCAGGAUCUGCCUCCUCGAAGAGCCACCACACCAGGAACUACGCCAAGACCCUUCGUCUGACUAGCGAGCAGCUGAAAGAACUUGAUCUCAUACCGGGCGAAAACUCGCUGAGCUUUACAGUGAAUCGAGCGACAUGCUCUUCCAACAUGUAUCUGUGGAAACACGAUACUCCGGUUGUCAUUUCGGAUAUUGACGGAACUAUUACCAAAUCCGAUGCUCUGGGCCACGUUUUCGGCAGGAUCGGGCGCGAUUGGACCCAUGCUGGUGUCGCAAAGCUUUACAGCGAUAUCUCUGCCAAUGGAUACAACAUCAUGUACCUGACCAGUCGAUCCGUGGGAAUGGCUGAUUUCACGCGCACAUACCUCAACGGUAUCACCCAAGACGGCUACCGUCUGCCCAAGGGGCCAACGAUCCUCUCCCCUGAUCGGACGAUGGCUGCGCUUCGGAGGGAGGUAUACCUACGGAAACCGGAGGUCUUCAAGAUGGCCACCCUUCGUGACAUCCGAAGUUUGUAUGGGGCCGACAAUCACUGCUUCUACGCCGGAUUCGGGAACCGUCUCACGGAUCAAAUCUCCUACAGAACCGUGGAUGUCCCCAGAAAUCGUAUCUUCACCAUCAACUCUAACGCUGAGGUGUCCCUUGAUCUGCUGAGUCUGAAUAAGUUGAAGCUCAGUUACGUCAACAUAGGCGAAGUCGUUGACCACUACUUUCCCCCUGUGAGCACGCUAGUGAAGGGCGGUGGUGUGGAGUACACCGACUUCUCAUUCUGGCGCGACACCCCCUUGGAGCUGGAUGAAUUUUCAGCGAGUGAUUCGAGCGAUGCGUCUGACAAGGAAGACGAGGAUGACGAAGAUGUCGGCGAUAUGGGCGAUAGCUACCUAUCACGGGGCGACAGUUAUGUAUCACGCGGCGAGGAAGAGGACGACGAUGCCAGGGAGAGCAUUGACGACGAGGAGGAAAUGACGAACUCCAUGAUGGAAGACGUAUCCGAGGACGCUUCCGAGGACGCUGACGACGAGGAUGAGAACCAAAGUGAAGAUGGCGAGAGUGACACCCAGGUAACUGGCCGUGCGCCGACAAAAACUGGGCCCAAAGACGCGUUUCGAGAUCUCGACGCGGAGUUGAUUACUGGUAUGAGCAACUUGGGCAUGGAGAAGGAAUCGAAACAAAUACAUAAGGCCUAG